AAGUUCGAAGGCUAUAAUAUAUUCUUUUCUUUACUUGCUCAUGACUCAGUGACAAGCAUGCUAGUUCUCUUUUUAUACUGCCCAAAGACACACGGUUUUUUCUUGGGUCUGACACAAAUUUCAGAUAAAUGGAUUUCUGGCAUGGAAAGAUUGAGAUGGAGAUUCUGAUCUAGAGAUAACAUGAGACAAUAGACACCCAAUUGAGGGCUGGGAUUUAAAGUUAGUUUUAGCAUCUGGGGUGUGUUUGGUUCUCGGGAAUUCCAAUUCCAAUUCCAAACAGAAAAUGAAAAGAAGAAGAGUGGCUGCAUUCUGUGUGUUCUUCACAUUUUUCUGGUUCUGGACUCCUGCAAAUGGUUUGCUCUCCCCCAAAGGUGUAAACUUUGAAGUGCAAGCUUUGAUGGGUAUAAAAGAAUCUUUAGAAGAUCCUCGUGGUGUUCUUGAUAAUUGGGAUGGUGACUCUGUUGAUCCAUGUUGCUGGUCUAUGGUCACUUGUUCUCUUGAGAAUCUGGUUAUAGGCUUUGGAGCUCCUAGUCAAAAUCUAUCUGGUACUCUUUCUCCAAGCAUAGGCAACUUAACAAAUCUCCAGAUUGUGCUCUUACAGAACAAUAACAUAAAAGGACCAAUCCCAAGAGAGAUUGGAAAGCUUUCAAAGCUUCACACACUUGAUCUUUCUAAUAACUAUUUCACUGGUGAAAUUUCCUCUUUUCUAGGUCACCUGAAUAGCCUUCAGUACAUGAGGCUUAACAAUAACAGUCUCUUCGGAGCGAUUCCAAUGUCGUUGGCCAGCAUGACUCAGCUUGAGUUUCUGGACUUGUCUUUCAAUAAUUUGAGUGGUCCUAUACCUAGAUUUCCAUCUAAAACAAUCAACAUUGUUGGAAACCCUCUAAUCUGCGCGGGGUCUGAGCAAGAUUGCUAUGGAUCGACAUUGAUGCCGAUGUCCAUGAACUUGAAUAGUUCACAGACUUUGCCUUCUGGGAGAACAAAAAGUCACAAACUUGCUCUUGCAAUUGGGACAAGCGUUGGGUGCGUCUGCUUGUUUAUCCUUGGAAUCGCGCUGAUAUUAUGGAGGCGCCAAAGGCACAAGCAGCAGAUAUUCUUCGAUGUUAAUGAUCGGCAUCAUGAGGAGGUUUCCCUAGGAAACUUGACAAGGUUCCAAUUUAGGGAACUUCAGGUUGCAACAGACAAUUUCAGCAGCAAGAACAUACUAGGAAAAGGUGGCUUUGGAAAUGUCUACAAGGGUUAUCUCCGAGAUGGAACUGCUGUGGCCGUAAAAAGGCUCAAAGAUGGCAGUGCCAUGGGAGGGGAGAGGCAAUUCCAGACAGAAGUAGAGAUGAUCAGCCUAGCAGUGCAUCGCAACCUCCUCAGGCUAUAUGGUUUCUGUAUGACUGCCACAGAAAGGCUUCUAGUUUACCCACACAUGUCCAAUGGCAGCGUUGCUUCUCGUCUCAAAGCAAAACCAGUGCUGGAUUGGGGCACUAGGAAGAGAAUUGCCUUGGGAGCUGCAAGGGGGUUAUUGUACCUCCAUGAGCAGUGUGAUCCAAAGAUAAUUCACAGGGAUGUGAAGGCUGCGAAUAUAUUGCUCGAUGACUAUUGUGAGGCAGUGGUGGGAGAUUUUGGUUUGGCAAAGCUUUUGGAUCACCAGGAUUCACAUGUGACAACUGCUGUGAGGGGCACUGUAGGGCAUAUAGCCCCUGAGUAUCUCUCCACCGGACAAUCUUCUGAGAAAACAGAUGUGUUCGGAUUUGGGAUCCUUCUCCUUGAAUUGAUGACAGGGCAGAGAGCCCUAGAAUUUGGCAAGGCAUCUAAUCAGAAAGGAGCAAUGCUCGACUGGGUAAAGAAAGUUCAUCAAGAGAAGAAGCUUGAUUUGCUCGUCGACAAGGACUUGAAGAACAACUAUGAUCGAAAUGAACACGAAGAAAUGGUCCGAGUGGCUCUAUUGUGCACCCAAUAUCUUCCCGGCCACAGACCUAAGAUGUCGGAAGUGGUUCGAAUGCUCGAAGGGGAUGGACUUGCAGAGAGAUGGGAAGCAUCUCAAAGAGUUGACACAUCCAAGUAUAAGCCGCACGAGCUAUCUUCAUCAGAGAGAUACUCUGAUCUCACUGAUGACUCUUCAUUACUUGUACAAGCCAUAGAGCUCUCUGGUCCAAGGUAAAGUAAACUAGUUACAUUCUUUCUGUGACUUAAUAUAAAGAUUAGAAUUUCAAAAGGAGAAUACAAUAGUUCAAGUUGUUGUGUUGUAUAAUAGUAGUAGUAUAUCAGAGCUCCAAAGGGCUUUGAUGUUAUUUCUUUAGUGUACAAAAAUUUAUUUGAGGAAUUACAUGAGUUUAGAUUGAGAGUUU